GUGGAAAGGUGUAGGGGGAUCCAUUUAGGUUGGGCCAAGUGCCGCGGUUGUACCGGUACCGACCUGCGGGAUCUCUUGGGGCAAUGGGGGCUUGUUCCAGGGAGAGGAACUAGUUGCCGGCAGUUCUUGUCCUGUGAUUGGUCAGAUGCUCACGGAGGCCGCUGGCAUAGUACAGAAUGGCGGCAGUGCUGGAGGUGGAAAUAGGGGGAGAGGCUGUGAGAGAAGCCGCGGGGGAAGAGGUGGAUUUGUCUGAACUGGCGCCGGAGGAACGAUGGAGGGUGGAGCACGCGCGGAUGCACGCCAAGCACCGGGGCCACGAGGCCAUGCACGCGGAGAUGGUCCUUAUCCUUAUUGCCACCCUGGUGGUGGCACAGCUGCUGCUUGUACAGUGGAAGCAAAGGCACCAGCGCUCCUAUAAUAUGGUCACGCUCUUCCAGAUGUGGAUCGUCCCUGUGUAUUUCACAGUAAAGCUGCACUGGUGGCGGUUCCUGGGCAUAUGGUUUCUCUUCUCCAUAGUUACAGCCUUUGUUACGUACAAAGCAACAAGGAAACCCUUAGUGCAGACCACCCCCAGGCUGGUGUAUAAAUGGUUCCUGCUGCUGUACAAGAUGAGCUACGCCACGGGGAUUGUGGGAUACAUCGCCGUCAUGUUCACUCUGUUCGGCCUAAACUUACUGUUCAGGAUAAAACCAGAGGAUGCCAUGGACUUUGGGAUAUCGCUCCUGUUCUACGGCCUUUAUUAUGGGGUGCUUGGCCGUGACUUUGCAGAGAUGUGUGCAGACUACAUGGCGUCCACCAUAGGGUUCUACAGCGCCUCGGGGAUGCCCACCAAGCACCUGUCUGACAGCGUCUGCGCCGUCUGCGGCCAACAGAUCUUCGUAGACGUCAAUGAGGAGGGGAUCAUCGAGAACACGUACAGGCUGUCCUGCAACCAUGUCUUCCAUGAGUUCUGUAUCCGCGGCUGGUGCAUCGUGGGAAAGAAGCAGACCUGUCCGUAUUGCAAGGAGAAGGUGGACCUCAAGCGGAUGUUCAGUAACCCAUGGGAGAGACCACACGUCAUGUACGGGCAACUGCUGGACUGGCUACGGUACCUUGUUGCCUGGCAACCUGUAAUCAUUGGACUGGUACAAGGCAUCAAUUACUGCCUGGGACUGGAAUAAACCCCUCCCCCUAAUCCCUUUCUUCUCCCCUCCCCCCGCCGUGUGAAAAUCCAUGUUUGCCUGCAGUACCAGAGCCCAACGCAAGGGGGCGCCGGCGAGGCUUCUCCCACUUCUCAGGAUCGGACCCGGCGGCCCCCAAUUCUCAUGGGAGCAGCAGUGUCAGCGGGACGGGGCCCCUGUCGUAUUAUUUAUGGCAACAUUUUUCUUUGGCGGUUUCGCCCCUAAGGGCCCCGUCACUUUAUUGUUCAUUUUAAUCCGUUUAUCCCCCACUCGGUCUCCCAGGGCAGCGGUCCGUUUAGCCUUAGGUCACUUCCUGUGUGUGCUUUUGCCCCCUGCAGUGUUAGGAGCACCCCGGCAUCAUCGCCCUGUAGGGACGGCGCCACCUACUGGCCUGGAGGAGCACUGGGAGGCCUAAGGCACCAUUGUUUUCAAUGGAGGAGGAGGAGGAGCCUGGCAUCUCUAACAUGGCGGCACGUGGAGCGCAUGUUCCGGAGACUCCAGUUAACCCCGCGUAUCCGCCCCUCUCAUGACUCCAGCGCCGCCAUUGUAGGACCAAACCGGGUGUUUCCUUCCCUAAAACCCCACAAUGCAAAUCUGACUUUUAGGAAAAUGUUUUAAAGGAAUGUCAAUGAGAAA